AGAACGUGACGUUUCUCGCUGGUAGACGGCUGUUUUGUACGAAGUCGUCAACAACCACUCGAGUGUUCUCAUCUGAUAACCGGAAACAUCUAAAACAUGGCGAUGAUGAAAAACUUCGAGACUGAAGACCGAAUCAAAGCAACUAUUUAUGGGAACUGUGUAGGUGAUACUAUUGGACUGCUUACUGAAUUCCUUAGCAAACGAGACGCUAAAAUUUACUACGGUAAGGUGUGGAAGAGUCUGGAGUUUGAGCACAAGUCUCUGUGUCCCGACAUGCACCGGACACGGUGGCAGGAAGGAGACUGGACAGACGAUUCGGACCAGAUGAUCCUCAUUCUGCAGUCACUGCUCAACAGUGAUGGCCAGAUUGUAAACACUGAUUUUGGAGAAAAACUUUUAUUUUGGAUGGACAAUGGUUUUCCAGAGCUAGGCGAUAAUGGUGGAAUGGGCAUUGGUGCGACAACAUAUAAUGUGUUGCAACAUAAGGACUACAGAACUGACCCACACAAGGCAGCUAGAGAAGUGUGGGAGGCCAGUGGUAAAACUAUUGCUCCUAAUGGUGCUGUGAUGAGGACGUCAAUUCUCGGAAUUCACCAGUACUGGAACACAGAUGCUGUUGUUGCUAACACUGUGAACAUCUGUAAAACAACACAUUAUGACCCAAGGUGUCAAGCUUCCUGUGUAGCCGUGGUAACGGCAAUUAGUUUGAUGUUAAAGAGAGGUGAGCGGCAUGUAAAAUGGAAGGGCACGUACAAAGUGAAAGAAAUCAUCGAGGACAGCUACGAAAUGGCUAGCAAAUGUUUGGAAACUGAGGAAGAGAAACAAGAACUAAGGAAGUAUAUGACAUGUGAGAAUCUUUCUGACCUUAAGCUAGAAGGAAGUAGGAAGAUUGGUUACACAUACAAAUGUUUGGGGUCAGGCUUUUGGGCCUUGAAGCAGAAGGAUUUCAGGAAAGCCACCCAGUGUCUUGUUAUGGAGGCUGGUGAUGCAGACACAAACUGUGCAGUAGCUGGGGCCCUGUUGGGGUGUAAACUUGGCCUGGCUGCGUUACCUAAGACCUGGGUGUGGAAACUGAAACAUCGUGCUUGGCUUGAUAAGAAGAUCAACAGGUUUCUAAAUCUACAGACAGAAAUGAGAGAGAAAAGUCUGAAGUCUGAUUAGUGUGUUAAGUGAUUGGUAAAUGUAGAAGUAAAAACCCCAACUACAAGUACUUAUCAAGUGACUGGUGGAAGUAAAAAGUAUAUAUUUUGUAAAACAAACAGACCUAUGUAAUUUAUAAAGUGACCAGUGGAAGUAAAUACUAGAAUGGUGGAAGAAAAGCAUAGCUUCUGUGUAAGUUGUAAAGUGACUGAUGGGAAUUAAACGAUCUUCUGUGCAAUUUGUCCUUUGGUAUACCAGUUGUGGUGCACUGGCUGUAGCGAGAAAUAGUCCAAUGGGCCCACUGACGGGGAUCGAUCCCAGAUCGACCGCGCAUCAAGCGAAUGCUACGUCCCGCCCCUCCAUGCACAAAGAUGUCCAUUGUUCUUGUAAAGGUCCACAUUUUCUAGGAAAUCAUGAUCUUUGAGAUUUGCCAUUCCCUUUUAGUCUGUUCCAUUAUGGCAUUUUCAAGUUUCCUGUUUAUGGUUUUCCAAGUCAUUGGUUUAUUGUGUUACUACUUUUCUUUCAGAUUCUCUUCAGAGAUUAUUUUUGUCUUUUACAUUAUACUUUUUUUUACCUCUAGUGGAUAUCUAUCUAAAUCGGUUGUGCAUCAGAACACUUACAUGUAUACUAACCUAUAGUCUGCAGGUGCAUCCAUCCCCCCCCCCCCCCCAAUCCAGUGUUUAUCAGAGGAAUACAAUGAAUGCAUUGCAUUUAGUUUUAGUGGUGUACAUCUAUGAUCUAAUUUCUUGAUGGUCUUUGUCAGAUUUCUGAAGACUGACAUGAAAGUGGGCUAUGAAAAAAAAAGCGGAACUUUUAAAAUAUUGAUUUGGUACUGAUAUUAAUCCUAGGAUUAGGGUUGUCAUAUAUACUAGUAGAAUGGAUAUGAUGCAUGUCAGUCUAUGAUGGGUCGUAUUAUGGUAUGGCGUUGUCCGUCCAUCUGUCCAUCCAUAUCUUGCAUACAGAUGCAUACAGGUCCAUCAAACCUCACAUGUAGGAACACCUUGGGAUGGCAGUUUGUCGUGUAUUAUUACUAGGUCAUUAUGAUCCACUUUUCAUGGUCUACUGCACAUAACAAUAAAUCCUUGUCCAGACCAUAUCUUGCAUACAUAUACAUACGUAAUUAACAUGCACAGACUUUUGUGCCAUGCAGACUAAUGUGACAUGUACAUCUCCAAUACCCAGACUAGCCACUUUAAAAUAAAAAGUAAAAUUACCCUCUCACUUUCCAGCUGCAAUUAAUUUUGCUAUGUGUAAAAUAGACAGACUACAGCAAAUUAACAUAUCUGGUUAUUUGUGUGAGAUGGGUACAGAAUAAAUUAUUAAAGUGA